UACAACUUAACCCAGACCAUCAACAAGUUAUCUGAUUCGUGGAUAUUAAAGGAGUUUGAAAAUAUGCCUGAUACAAAGUCUGACCUGGAGCGAGUUGGGCUCUUCAAGGAAAUGGGCUACAUCUCCAUAGGGGACAACUACAGACCCUUUAUUUAUCGUCCAUUUAAUGAAGCUGCUUAUAAAAACAAGCAGAUGUUGGUCAGUGGGCCGAAGAAGAAAUCAGCACUCCAGGCUGGCUACUUUGACACUCAGUUCAAGCGGAUCUUUGAGAACGAGGCAAUAACCGACGUCCUCAAAAUCCAAAGGCAGUACCAGAUUCAGCAGGCAAAGAAGAACUUAGCAAAGGCAUUUUUGCCCAGCAGUGGGGAAAAGAAAUUUUCAGGUAUUGGGAGUUACUAUGGAACACUCGGGGGCCCUGUUAAGGCUAUGAGUCCCCUGCAGAUUCCCAAGAAGACAUACAAAUCCCCAGGCAAGAACAUAUACACCAGUCCACCCAAGAAAGGAAGUGGAUAUGGCUUUCCAGGUGUCACACUGUCCAAAUUGGAAUUGUAUUCUUCUGACCCCUAUGACGGAUUGAAAGAGCUGCAAAAGGGUGAGACGGCAGCUCACAAAUCUCAGAUGAAAGGGGGGCCGUUUCGUUUGAACCUUCAUCCAAUUGAAUGUUUUGAUAGCAAUCCUUAUAAACUAAAUAAACCUCUGCCACCUUCAAACGUGGCAGAGGUAAAAAAGACGCACUUCGCCGUGCCUUUCAAACCAACGUCUCCUAGCAAAAAGACUGGAGGAAUGAAAGCAGGAACUUUCCAUCCAUACCCGUCGCAUUCCACAGACCCCUACGUCAUUAAGAAGCCGAAAUCAGAUUCCGUGAGCAGAAAUAACGGGGUGAAGAUCUUCCACCCAUCGCCCGGCCCAAAGAGUACGCCGGUGAAGAGCAUUAUCUCUCUCAAUGUGAACAGGUAA